CAGACAGCGAGGCAUUUCAUUGACCGGCUGAAACAAGAUCAGCUUAGCAAACAGAAUCAAACAAUAUAUCUGAACAUACUCAUCCUCUGUUGUUAGCAGCAGCAGAAGCAGUGUCAACAUGGCCACUGCACAGAAACGCUGGCUCACACAGCCGAACUCCAAGGUCGGCAAGGUGCCGGAUCUGGCGAUCGUGCUCCGCGAUGAAGCAGCCUGGAACACGCUCCCAAAGGAGACCCGCGAAGAGCUCUACAGGUAUCUGCCGAAACUUCCAGGCGGUUAUGACAUCGAUGUCCACCCUCUGAACACCUCUCUCCAACCUUAUAUUGAGGGAGAGAUCCGACUCUACCAGACAGACCUGAACGACGGCAAGGAAACGAAAAAGUGGCGCGAAGAGGCUAUGAAGGCUGGGAUGGAGCGGUCCAGCGGCAGUUGGGAUGCGCUCAAGGAGCAGCAGCUAGAGGAGGACUGGGGCAAGAUCGAGGACGCAAGCACGAGGGUCGGCUCUCUGGCCGAGCAUUUGGGCCAAGAGGAAGAAGUUCGCGUGACAGAGCAGGAAGCCCGCGCGGAAGCGAACAAGGGAAUCAACGGAGCUCAAUCAUAGACUGAAAAGGCACAAUCCUACCAAAAGGGUUACACCAAGAGACCACGAGAACGUCAUGUCGCCGGUUAUGGUCCUCUGCCAGAUGGACCGAGUCGAUCGUCGAGUGCAACCAGCACAGAGGCGUCUGCUACAAGCAAGUCGACACAUCACGCCAGAGCCAAGGCAAUUGAUCACGGAGAGGAUGUCUCGAGACCAGUUCUUGCACCACUUGGAACAGACACGGCCCCCUUUCAGUGCUGGAACUCGCCAAUGAAGGGCUGUGCCGAGCGCAUUGACUCUCUUCCAAAGCUGUCCCGUGAGCAUGCCGAAGGUAUGUGGAAGAACUUCAUGCGCCAAGACAAAGAGGACGUGGAGCCCCAGGAUCUCGACAUUGCCUGAGUGACUAAGGUGCAUCAUCAUCAUGUUGCAGAAAGGAAGAAGAUGGAUGAUUCUUGGGCAGCACAAUAGGCAAUGGAGACAAUAGGAAAUGAGAAAUGAGAGACUCCGGCCCUAGCAUUGGGUAGCAUAUUAGUUAGGAAAGUCAUGAAA